AUGAAUACACCGACACUUUCUCCAAUGCAUGAACCAUCACGUAAGUUGUUAGAAGAGAUAAAAACCCUGUCAUCCAGAAUGACAGCCUUCGAAGAAUUAGUAAGCGAGAUAAUGUUAGUGAGAGAUGAGUUUUCUGGGCUAAAAUCUUCAGUCGUAGAAGCUAGCACAAUUGUAAAGGACUUUGGAUUACGACUCCAAAAUAUAGAGGAUAGGCUUUUGGAUGUGGAAAAAACCAAAGAACUAAUUAAUAAUUUACAAAGCAGAGUGGAUGUCUUAGAAUGUGAAAAGGAUGCGGCUGAGCAAUGGAAUAUAAUGAACAACGUUGAGUUAAAGGGAGUACCACAGACGGCAAAUGAAAACCUGCUUGAUUUAAUAAUAAGCAUAGGAUCUAAAGUAAAUUAUGCUGUGACAAAACAGCAGUUAAAUUUUAUAGCCCGAACACCAUCGAGGGAUUCUAAUCAUCCGAAGCCGAUUGUUGCGUGUAUCAACAGCAGGUAUGUUAAGGAGAACUUUGUGGCGGCAGUCAGAUUAUUUUACAGGGAUAGUUCCCUUUCCGCCAACCUAUUAGGACUUAAAGGCUCCGCCAAAAUAUUUGCAAAUGAUCACCUGACUUCUCGCAACAAGAUUCUUUUAAAUAAGACAAAGCAUUUAGCCAAGGAAAUGGACUGGCGGUAUGUUUGGGUCAAACACUGCAAGAUUCAAGUGCGAAGAGGUGACUCAUCGCCGGUUCUCACAAUAAAGCCAGACAAAGAUCUUUUGAAAAUAACGAAAGGUGGAAUGUGA